AUGAGGAUAACGGAGUUGGUGUUGGAGGGAUUCAAAUCCUAUCCUGUACGAACGCGUAUAGAUGGCUGGGACCCUUCCUUCAAUGCGAUUACUGGUCUCAAUGGUUCUGGCAAAUCCAACAUCCUUGACGCGAUAUGCUUCGCUCUCGGGAUCAACAACAUGCAGCAGAUGCGCGCCGCAACCUUGCAGGACCUCAUAUACAAGCGCGGCCAAGCCGGCAUCACAAAAGCCAGCGUCACGAUAGUCUUCGAUAACUCUGAGAAGGACAAGAGUCCGCAAGGCCUAGAGGGCAUGAGAGAGAUCACGGUGACGCGACAGAUUACACUCCCCAUCGCGACCAAAUACCUCAUCAACGGACGGAAAGCGAAGCAAGAACAAGUCCUCACCCUCUUUCAAUCAGUCCAGCUCAAUAUCAACAACCCUAACUUCGUCAUCAUGCAAGGCCGCAUCACCAAGGUGCUCAACAUGAGGCCGCAGGAGAUCCUAGGCAUGAUCGAGGAGGCCGCGGGCACGCGCAUGUUCGAGGACCGCAAGGAGAAGGCGCGCAAGACGAUUGCGAAGAAGGAGCGCAAGGUGAACGAGAUACGCGAGCUGCUGGAGAACGAGAUCACGCCCAAGCUCGACAAGCUGCGCAAGGACAAGAAGUCAUACCACGAGUACGAGCGGGGGAAGAAGCGCCUGGACGAGCUCUUGAAGACGGUAACGGCGCAUGACUGGUGGGAGCACCGUAGGCACGAGGAGAAGAAGCGCGCGGAGGUGGUUGAGAAGAAGAAGGCGGUCGAGCAGAAGAAGAGCCAGCAGCGUCGUUUGGAGGAGGAGAUCGAGGCGCUGGAAGAGCGGCUGACGAAACUCAACAACGACCGCGCGAAGGAGAUGAAGAAGGGUGGUAAGCUGACUGCGCUCGAGUCCGAGGUCAGCGAACUAUCAAAAGAGGUCGCGCGCCUCGAGACGCAGCUCGAUAUGCAGAAGGCGAACAUUGCCGAGCAAGAGAAGAAGCUGGCGGAGACAGAGAAGCAGGUUGCAGACCUUGAGGCAACCUUUAAAGCGAAAGAGGCCGCCAAAGACAAGCUCCAGGAGAACUACGACGCCAUCAAGAAGAAGGAGCAGGACUUCCAAGCGAAGAUUGACGAGAAUGAGAACCUACUCUCCACGCUCUUGACCGGUCUCUCAAACUCCUCCACCAACAACGCAGCGGGCGGCUACCUCGGCCAGAUUGCGGCAGCACAGAAGCGUCUGACAGACGCGUCCGCUGAAGAGAAACAGCUCAAGACGAAGCUCGGCAUGAAGGAGGGCGAGCUGGGUCAGCUUCAGAGUCGCUGGAAGCAGGUGGAGAAGGAGGUCAGCGGCGGGCAGCAGAAGGCGGAUGCUCUACGGCGGGAGGUCGAAGGGCUCGAAGGACAAGUCGAGAACUGCGGAUGGAACGCGGAGAAGGAACAACAGGCGCAAGCGGACAUGCGCGAGACGCAGGCCAAAGUGCGCGAGCUUGAUAUGCGCCGCAACGAAGUCAGCAACACGCUCGGCAGGUUCAGCUUCGACUGCCCGCCGGGCUUCGACUCGCGGCAAGUCAAGGGAACCGUCGCUUCGCUCGUCCGCCUGGACCCGGAGCACUUCCCGAAGGCCACUGCGCUCGAGCUCGCCGCUAACACCAAGCAACUUGCAAGCGUCGUCGUUCGCGAUCAGCAAGUCAGCAAGGAGAUCAUCGAAAAAGCCAACCUUCGGCAGCGUACCAGCUUCAUACCGCUCAACAAGAUUCAGCCGCAUCCUUUGUCGGGCGACAAGAAGAGCCGUGCAAGGCACUUCGCGAACGGCCGUGGCUGGCUGGCCAUUGACCUCAUCUCCUACCCGCCAGAGGUCGAGAAGGCCAUGCAGUUCGUCUUCGGCUCAACAUACAUCUGCGAGGACGCCGAAACCGCUAAAGCCGUCACCUUCAACGCGCAAGUACGCACCGUCACCCUCCAGGGCGACGUCUUCGAGCCCUCCGGCUCUCUCACCGGUGGCUCCGCCCCCGCCGGCGCGGGCAUCCUCACGCGCAUGCAAGAGCUCGUCAAGGUGAAUGAGGCGCUCGACGACGCGCGCAAGCGGCUCGCCGCCCUGCAGCGCGACGAGCAGAAGAGCGGGCGCGUGCGCGAGCAGUGGGCGGCGCUCGUGCGGCAGCUGGACAUGAAGCGGCACGAGCUGCAGCUGGCGGAGGCGCAGAUGAAGGGGAGCAAUGCGGCACAGAUUGGGCAGCAGGUGGAGGAGCUGAAGAAGAAGAUAGAGGGGCUGAAGGCGGCGAUUCAGGAUGCGAAGCAAAGGCAAAAGGAGGCGGCGGCGGAGGUGGAGAAGUUCAAGCGGGAUGAGGAGGAGUAUAAGAACAAUAAGGAUGGGAAGAUUGAUGAGUUGAGGGUGCGACGAGAUCACAGAACAGAAGCGGAAGCUGCAGAAGGAGAGCGUGAAGCCCUGGAACGCCACCAAGCGAAGGAGGCUGAACUCGAUGCGGAGAAGGCAGCUCUCAAGGGCUUCGACGACGGUAUCAAGAACGUCGAGCGCGAGAUCAAGAGCUGCAGGGCCACCGCGGACACCCUCGAAGAGCAGCUCAAGGACCUCGAGAAAGAGGCGUCCAACGUGGAGAAAGAGGCUGCCUCGCUAGGUCGUUAUGCGGAUAAGCUCGAGGACAAGUUCGCGUGGAUCGCGAAGGAGAAGGACACGUUCGGCCAACCUGGCGGUCCUUACGAUUUCUCGAAUGUCGACGACAUUGCACAGGAGACGAAGAGGAUCGAGGAGCAGCUGAAGACAAAGACGAAGAGGAUAGCACCGAAGGACCUGAUGCUGCUCGAUACCGUCGAGAAGCGCGAAGCCGAGUCGCUCAAGAAGAUCGACAGCAUCAUCGAGGACAAGGCCAAGAUCGAGCACACCAUUGAGGAGCUGGACAAGGAGAAGCGUGAUGCCCUGCGCAAGACGUGGGAGAAGGUCGACAAGGACUUCGGUGGCAUCUUCGGCGAGUUGCUCCCGGGUAAUUUCGCCAAGCUCGUACCGCCGGAGAACAUGGACUACACAACGGGUCUGGAGGUCAAGGUGCAGCUCGGCAGCGUGUGGAAGCAGAGCUUGACGGAGUUGAGUGGUGGUCAGCGGUCACUUAUCGCGCUCUCGCUCAUCAUGGCAUUGCUGCAGUUCAAGCCUGCCCCGAUGUACAUUCUCGACGAAAUCGACGCGGCGCUGGACUUGCAGCAUACGCAACACAUCGGCCAGCUGUUCCGGACGCGGUUCAAGGGCUCCCAGUUCAUCGUCGUCUCCCUCAAGGAAGGGUUGUUCACCAACGCCAAUGUCCUUUUCAAGGCAAGGUUCAGGGAUGGCACAUCCAUCGUUGAGCGCACGGCGCAACGGUCGACGUCGGGCAAUCACUAGAGCUGUAUCGCACGGUCUGGGUCGUUGUAAAUUAUAUUCGUGUGUACAUGUAUCUCGCUGUGUCUGUUCUUGCUUUCCCCGCCUGUUGUACUUUACGAUCGUACUACUCAUACAUCCUGCAUCUUUCUACGGA